AGCAGCUGUCACCGCCAGCCUCCCUGCCGCUGCCCGGGCCAGCUGCUGCCUACCCACCGUUCCCUCCCUCCCUUCCCUUUCCCUUCCCUUCCCCACCGCUGCCAGCUCAGCUCCUCCCCCGCCGCUCGCUCGGCUGAUCCGGCUCGAAGCGCAGGAGCCGAAGCGGGCAGCGCUGGUUGGGCAGGUGGACGAGCAAGACGCCCCGCGAUCCUCUCCCGCGCAAGAGCCCCGCGCGCCCCUUCCCUGUCGGGCACCAUGCGGCCGUCGGAGCGAGCCUGCCUCCUGCUUGCCAUCUUGCCCGUCGCCUUGCUCGCCCUGGCACCGCACCGCACCUCGCUCCCUCCGGCCCCUGCCAAGGACGCCAGCGGCGGCAGCGGCCCCAGCCAGGGCGACCCCCAGAAAGCCUCGCCCGCCUCGCCACCGCCGCCUCCUCCUCCGCCCUUCGCCGGGAAUCACAGCAGCGGCGCCCAGCGCAACCCGGUCCUGGCGAUGCUGCGCGAUUUGCCGGCGCUCAAGGCCGCUGUCAUCGGAGCCUGCGCGGCGAGCGCCUGUCUGAUGGCCUGCCUGCUGUUUCGCGUCUUCAGGUCUAAGAGGAGGAAUAAAAAACCCCGUAAAUAUGAUAUUAUUACAACUCCAGCAGAACGGGUGGAAAUGGCUCCCUUAAAUGAAGAGGAUGAUGAAGAUGAAGAUUCCACAGUGUUUGAUAUAAAAUAUAGGUGAGGUCAUUGGACUGGACUUCUGGAGAACCUGUAGAAAAUGAUGCAAGAACUUUGGAACCAAAGGAGAAAUGGAGAAUAAUCUUUUUUGGAUCCAUAACAUUUUGAUCAACUCCUCUUUUAAACAGAAAAAAGUGGAUGUCGGAUUUAACACUUGUCCCAUUCCUAAAUAAAUACAUCUGUUACCUUCCUGGAUGAAUGAUGUGAUGAAUCGAAGGAUUUCUUCUUUCUAAACUUUGUUUUUAUUCUGAAGACAAUCCUUCUGAUUUACUGUAGCUUCAGAUGCCACCAGCAAAUUAGAGAACUGAGGUCAGCCACAAGCAUUCAACAAUUCAGAAGCUGCCAAGACAUCCUUUGCUCAAAAUAUUGAAGGAGACAGAUGGAUUCUGAUUGCAUCCUGGGAUCGGUUCUGAACUGCCUAAAAUGUUUGCUCUUCUUGGGUGCAACUUGGAACCCAUAUCGGUUGUGCUGAAAUUGUUUAGCAAGGUUGUGUGCACAUUUGUGUUGGAGGGGGAAGAGAAUUUUGAUGGGUAACCCUUUCAGAGAUAGCUCUCAUGCCUUGGUAUUAAUGAGGACUAGCGUGCUGCUGUAUUAAUUUACAGUAAGUUUUUACAGGGAGUUUCCCGCAAACUUUAUAUUUUUUCCCCCCAGAAGGUGGAUUCUGAUAGCAGAAGAAAACAAAAUACAGUAGUGAAUUUCAGAAGAAAGAAUUUUUUUUUAGAAAAAAUCCCCUGUCCUUCUCACCCUCGCGGGAGAACUGAUUUUUACAUAUGCACUGGUUUGUUUUCUAAUAGCCUCUCAUCAUUUUUUUCAUUUCAAGGCAAUUAGCAGUCGAACUAUUGGAUUGGAAGAAGAGGUUUUGCCUUCAUGCCAGAGUAGUCCCAUCUGUUAUCUCCAGCAGAAACUCCCCAACCUGUUUUCUCCCAAGAAAUGUUGUGUGUGUGUGUUUUACUGACUGGCAAUUAGGACAGCUGAACUUUCACAGAUUGAGUGUCUUCAGCUCCAAUCAUUUCAUCUUGGUUUGAACCAGGGGUGGGGUUCAAAAAUUUCCGCAACGGGUUCUCUGCUGGUUUGCUGGGUGGGUGUGGCCACGAUGGGCAUGGCCUCCUGCACUACGGUGGGGGGGGGAACAUUUUUGCCUUCCCCAGGCUCCAGAGGCUUUCCUCGAGCCUCUGGGAGGGCGAAAACUGCU